AUGACGGUUGUUUGUAGUUCAGUCGAUCCGGUUCAUCUUCUUCUACUCAUGAUUACAUCUCUACCCACGACUGCGUCCAUGCCGGUUGCUUUAGUUGAUCCUAUGGCUUCCAAUUCGUCUGACAUACCUUCACCUAAGAACUUUGAAGAUGUUGAUGGAAAGGUCCAUCCACCAUCAGAGGUAUCAAAAUCGACAUUUUAUCUUAAUGAUUCCAAUUCCUCUGACAUAUGUUCACCUAAGGAAAGUGGUAGGGCAGGGAGGGAUAGGCUUCCUUAUGAAUGUUUACUUUACUUUAGGCAUGCUGCUGUCCGAAGAUAG